UAUGUCAAUCAUGGAACACGAUCGGGUGACAGUCGCUGUCAUUGGUGCUGGCACUAUUGGAAGGACACAUGCCCUGCUCAUUGCACAGUCACAAGAGGCGACCCUGAGUGCAAUUGUAGAUCCAACAGAUUCCGGGAAACAGCUCGCAGAGACUUAUAAUACCGAAUUCUUCAAGGACAUCGAAGAACUACUGCAUUCGUAUCCACUACCUAAGGCUGCCAUCAUCUGCACUCCGAACACAACUCACAUAAGCAUUGCAGAGCGCCUCGCUGCCGUCGGAAUCCACCAGUUGAUUGAGAAGCCAAUAAGUCCGACAUACCACGAGGGCCAGGAUUUUCUCCAGAUUGCUCGCGACAAAGACAUCCGCAUCUGCGUGGGUCAUCAUCGCCGCUUCCAUGCAUCCAUUUCCGCAGCAAAGGAAUCCGUUGCCUCUGGAAGUAUCGGGAGGGUAAUCGGCAUCUCUGGUGUUUGGACAGCCCUCAAACCACCAGGUUACUUUGAAGGCGGGGGUGAUUGGCGAACAGGUGUGACGGGGGGCGUAAUACUCAUCAAUCUUAUCCAUGAAAUUGACUUACUGCAGUAUUUCAUGGGCCCCAUCCAACGAGUUUAUGCCGAAAAAGCACCUUCGACACGAGGUUACGAGGCAGAAGAAGGUGUGGCGGUUACGUUUCGCUUUCAGUCUGGUGUGGUGGGCACAUUCCUAGCACUCGACAACGCUGCUAGUCCAUUCAAUAUUGAAGGAUGUACAGGAGAGAAUCGGAAUUUAUACCCGUAUACUGGCCAGGACUGCUAUCGGAUAUUCGGCACCAAGGGGACACUUAGCAUUCCUGACAACACAUUGUGGACUUACAAAGAACCAGAAAAAGGUCGACAUAGCGAAAUGCAGCAAACAGCCCUUGUUUUCCAAGACCGCGACGUGUAUGCCAAUCAACUGGAUAAUUUCAUUGCUGUGGUCAGAGGAACUCAGGAUCCAGUCUGCAGCGGAGAGGCUGGAUUGAGUGCGGUGGCUGUUUGCGAAUCUAUCAAACAGUCAUUACAGACCGGACUUGCUGUAGAUGUACUUGGAAACUUCUAG